AUGAUCAAGCUUCUUGUGCUUAUCGCUCUUGCGGUUACUGUCUACAGCGCAUGGGAUGGUCAAAUACGUGACAUUCCUGGAAUAAGCGCUGAAAGUAUGGCGAAACUUCGUAAAAUGCUAGACCCCCGCCCAGCCAACAGGGAAGCAUUCAAAAAGGUGAUGAAAGAAUGGAGGAGCACACUUUCGGCUGCGGAAGGGGCAGCGGCCGAUGCACAUAGAGAGAAAAUGAAGCAAAUGAGACGACAAAGGGGUAAACCAACUGCAUAA